CGGAGCGCUGCUUGGUGCCGGGUGACCCCGCCCGGGGUCCCGCCUGCCGGCCCCCCGCGGCUGCCGGCCCACAGCCCUGCCUGUCUGCUGCAGGUGGUCUUCGGCAAGAAGCUGCCCGCCUUCGCCACAAUCCCCAUCCAGCAGCUGCAGCACGAGAAGAAGUAUGACAUCUACUUUGCCGACGGGAAGGUGUUUGCCUUGUACAGGCAGCUGCUGCUGCACCAGUGCCCCUGCUGCCCGGAGCUGCCGCCCUUCGGCCUCUUCACGGACCUGGAGCAGCACAUGCGCCGGCAGCACGAGCUCUUCUGCUGCAAAUUGUGCCUCAAACACCUCAAGAUCUUCACGUACGAGCGCAAGUGGUACUCGCGCAAGGACCUGGCGCGCCAUCGCAUGCAGGGCGACCCCGACGACACGUCGCACCGCGGGCACCCGCUCUGCAAGUUCUGUGACGAGCGCUACCUGGACAACGACGAGCUGCUCAAGCACCUGCGCCGCGACCACUACUUCUGCCACUUCUGCGACGCGACGCCUCCUAGGGAAGAAGAAGACCGGGAGGUGGCGGCUGCCAUCCGGGCCUCGGUGGCAGCGCAGCAGCAGCCAGAGCCACGCCGGAGUGAGGACCGGGAGGAGGGCGGCAGGCCCAAGAAGGUGGACGCAGCGGGGCGUGGGCCUGAGGAGUCUCGGGGCCCUCGGCGCACACCCCGGACUCAGGCCGAGGGCUCAGGUCCCCAGGAGGCCUCAGCCAACGGCCCCGCGAGCCAGGAGGCCUUCCCAGCCGGCGGCUCUCCCGCCGGACCCCCGCUGCCAAGGUGCGUGUCUGCAGGCCCUGGCGAGGGGGUGGGGCCCCACCGCCCGCUGACCGGCAUUCCUGUCCUGCCCAGCGCCCCCCCGCCGCCCGCCGCCAAGCUCAAGGACGAAGACUUCCCCAGCUUGUGCGCCGCCUCUGCCAGCGGCUCCGUGGUGGCCCCGGGGCCCAUGGGGCUGGCGCUGGCCUACCCCGGGCCCGCCAGGGGCAGGAGCGCCUUCCAGGAGGAGGACUUCCCCGCCCUGGUGUCCUCGGCUCCCGCGCCCGGUCCCGCGCCCCCCAGCCUCAUCUCCCCCUGGAACAGCAGCGGCAGCAAGAAGGCGGCUCCGCCCGGCGUGGGGGCCCAGGCCGCCAGGAAGCCCGGCAAGGCGGGUAGAGGCGGAAGGAAGGCCGGGCCCCCCCCCGCGGAGGACGAGGAGCCGCGGGGUGGGCUUGCGGCGGGCACCGCUGCCACGCAGCCUUUCACCAAGGUGGGCAAGAAAAAGAAGGUGGGCUCCGAGAAGCCCAGUGCCGCCUCACCCCCGCCGCCCCCUGACAGAGACGGCCCCCCGCGCACCCCUGCAGCCCCCGCCGGCAGGCCAGAGGGGCCUGUGGCUGCCAUCGUCAAUGGACACACGGAGGGGCCGGCCCCUGCUCGGAGCACCCCCAAGGAACCCCCCGGGCUCCCACGGCCCCCCGGGCCCCUCCCCUGCCCGCCACCCCAGGAAGACUUCCCGGCACUCAGCGGCUCCUGCCCACCCAGGAUGCCACCUCCACCUGGUACGUGCCCGGUCCACUGCUCUGGGCACCGGCCAUCGCCCGGGUCAUCACGUAGCUCCCGCGCAGGCAGCGCCACCCCGCCUGAGCCGCUGCCACCUCCCGGGCUGCCCGGCAGCAGGGAGGUCCUGGGAGGCCCCGUGCGGGCUCCUCGGCCGGCUGGCCUGCCAGGGGCCGCCGGGAAGCCUGGCCGCCCGGCCGCUGCCUGCCCCGGCGGGUUGCCUCUGUCCUCGCUCUGGAGGCGCCGGGGAGGGGAGGGCUGGGUGCCGGGACCCGUCUGUGCCUCGGGCCGGGGCUUCAGCGGCCUGGACCGGGCCCGCCUGAGGCCGAGGGCCAGCACCGCAGCCCCCGGCUGGACGCCGUCCAUCCACUGGUGCUGGAGUCAGACGUUGAGUGUGUCGUGUAAACAGUUGGCUAUUUCGUGA